AUGGCUGGAACAACCGUACGUGUUCUCAUUGCUGAAACUACGUUUUCUAAUUGUGUUUUCAUACAUGAUUAUCCAAGAAGUUCUAAAAUUGAAGCACAUUUUCAAUCAAAUGAACGAUUAUAUAUUUCAUAUUACAAUAUUAUUUCUCUGGGAACCUAUCCUUCCACACCGAAAUUGACACAAAAAUCUAAAAACAACGCAUCUCAAUAUCCAAUACCCGACGAUUAUAUAGUUGAAACAGAGUUUUCUGAAAGAAGUCUUAUAUGCAAAACUAAAUAUAUUUCAGUUUCAAAGGUAGUAUGCUAUACAAUUAAUUGGAAGAUUGGUCAUGCAGAGUGGAGUGUUAGUAGUACCCAAUCUUCAACAGCUGUUGUUAAUACAUUUUUACAGAAAAUUAACUCAACUAAAUCAUCUGGGCCUCAGUUAUUUGGAUUUGAUAUUGAGCCACUAUAUCAUGCUUAUAUCACUUCCUGUUCACAGCAAAAUAAAAGAUUUAACAGUUUUGGAAGGGAUGUGCAAAAAGCAGUUGAUGAAUUGAUUGUUAAACAUAAGCUGACAAAUUUAUCUGGAGAGCCAAUUUUAUAUUUACAGCAUAUUGGAUUUGAUUGCAAAAAGAAUCAAGUUUGCAUCAACUUCAAAGAUUUGAAUUCUAUAACAAUUCAAACAAAACUUGAUGCUAUUGUACAUGUGUGUGAUGAAGCACUUUUAAGUCGUGAUGGAUAUCGGCAUUUAGCAGCAGAUGUACCAUCACUUUUUUGUGAAUAUUUAAAGAUAUUGAUCAAUUUAAUAGUGAUAAUAUAUAAUUCUGAUGAACGUGCUAGUGAUGCUUUAGUAAAUAAUUAUAAAGUAGGAAAUGGGCUUAUCGGAGAUAUUCUUCAUAUAAAACUUGGUGGAGAUGGUCGUAAAGAAAAAUAUGAGACAUUGGAUAAAGUUGGCAAAAUAUUUGCCUUACAGUUGGCUGAUUUAAAGGAGAAUGGAAUAAUUGAUGAUGAUGGCAUUCACUGGCCUAUUAAAUUUUAUUUUUCUGGUGAUUGGAAGUUUACCUAUAUUAUUUUAGGUCUAAAUGCACCUAAUUCUGAAUAUUUUUAUCUAUUCUGUGAAUGUGAUGCUAAAUCCCGGCAUAAUAUGGAUCUUUUUUGGAUGCCUACUGGAAAUACUAAAGGGGGGAAAAGGGCAUCUUUGUUUCCUGUGAUUGAUUUACUUAAUUAUAUUUCUGAUGAGCUUCAUAUCUUAUUAUGGAUAUCUGAUAUAUUGAUGGAAUGUCUAUUUAGAGAUCUAUUUAAGAAAAAUGAUUUUGAACAAAAUUUUAAAGAAAAAAUUGAAAAAAAAUGAAUGACAUUAAAAUACUACAAUAUUUUCCUGUAAGUGAAUUUAUACCUGG